AUGGUUUACGCAACACGCAGUAGAGCCAUCACCCGAAAACGUUCAACAUCCCCAUCGGCACGAGCUAUGGGCUCUCCCAAACCCGCUCCCAAAAGGAAGCGCCCCUCCUCUUCCUCUUCCAAUCCACUCACUCGACGUCGUCAUUCUAUCACCAAGGAUGCCACUACCCGCACCAAGGACGCCACCACUCGCACCAAGAAGAUUGUGACGAAGAAGGCUGGAGAGGAGGAAGAGGAGAAGGGAGUGAAAGUGGCGGUGGAUGGAGGGGUGCUUAUGAGUAUCGACACCCAAGAUGAGCAUGGUGGGCAUGUCCGCGAUGGGAAGGAGCAUCAUCUUUUGGAGCAAGAUGGGCGUAAUCGCCAUCAUAUCUUUUUCGAGAACUUUGAGAAGAUGGAGAGGACUGGUGGUCCUGGAGAGGCGAUGGAUGUGGAUGUGGAUGUCAAUAGUGAUAUAUACACCCUGCGCGAUGGGCACCAAGUCCAUCACGGUGUUCCCGAUGACACCGCGUCUGGCCAUGAUGAUGCGGCACCUGCUGCACCUACAGCUCAGCCCCGUGAGCAUCGCCAGCGCCGUGCUUCGACCACAAAGUCCUCCUCCUCCCCCCCCUCGUCGGCUCAAACCAAGUUGAACACCGGUCCGGCACCAUUGGUGAUCCACGUCGAACACACCCGUCGCAAGCACUCCUUAGAUGGUCUCGAUCACCAUCUCAUUGAAGCCGAUGGUCGUGAUCACCACCAUAUCCGAUACGGCGAUUAUGAGUCUACAUCUAACCAGCAUGGUUCUGGCUCUGGUACCCGCCAUGAGACGUCGUCGCACAAGGUCGCCAAGAAGUCUGUUCACGGUACUGCUCACCAUGCUACUGGCGGUGAGGCCCCGCUUCACAAGGAGACGAAACACUCUCACACACCCAUGCACCAAAUCGGGUCUGUGGUCGUCACAGAUGAUGGGCUUGGACACCAGGCAACCACUCGCCACUUUGAAGGCUCCGACACCACAACCAUUACCACAACCACAACCACAGCUUCCUCGUCCCACGAGCAGAAUCAGGACGAGGAGCAACACAACCGUCUUCGAACCCGCGACGCGGCAGCUGUACGCCUCGUCACCCAAAAGACUCAACUUGACCGGUCCAAAGCCCGCGACGCCAUUUUAUCCCUCGACAGUGAUGUCGUUCAGUUGCAGAAGCUUCUUCAGGAGAAUGAAGAUGCUUUGAGGGCUGCCGAGAACCAAACCCUCACCGUCCGAGAGUCGACUACCGUCCGAACAGAGACGCUUACCAGAGAAGUCCAUGACCUCCAGACCACUAUCCGCGAAUUGAGGACCCACCUCGCAGCGAAGGAGAUGGAGCUGAAGACGGUUAAGAAGAGUGAUCAGAAGGAGAUCAGGGAUAAGGAGAAGCAGUCUGCUAAGGUGGCGAAGGAUCUUGCGGCGGCCACCCACCAGAGGGAUCUAUUGGCGGCCCAGGUUCGAACCAUGUCUGAUUCCAUCAAGACCCGCGAAGCCGAGCUGAAGACCGUCCAGAGUUCGUUGAAGGGGUUGGAGAAGUCGAAUACCGCUCAGUCCAAACAGAGCAAGAAGUUGUCGCAUCAGUUGGAGGUUUUGAGGGAGGGGAUGCAAAAGAAGGAGACGGAGCUUCGGGAGUGUCGAACUCAGAUCCAACAACUUGAGGGGGAGCAUGCCAAGGUCCUCGCCCUUUCUGCCCAUCUCAAGGCCUUGCGGACAAAGUUGUCGGAUCGUGAGGGAGCACUGAAGGGGUUGGAGAAGGAGAACAAGUCGCUUGCCAAGGAUCACGAAAAGGCCUUAUCGCUGACCGAAGAAGUUACCUCGCUAACACAAGAGAUCCAUGAGUCCGAGGAUAUGCUCCGCCGUGCCCAACUCGCCGUCGACGACCUUGUCGGCUUUCGUGAUCGUGCCGCGACGCUCGAAGUAGAGGUCCACGACCUUCGCGAUCAAGUCAACAUCCACGAGAAGCACGAGACGGAUCUGGAGGACGCGCUGAUGAGACACGAGAACUGUGCGAUGGAAUCCCAGCAGUUGCAGGGGGCUGUGAAUGAACUCCAAGCGAGGUUGAACUCCAAGCAGUCGGAGAUCCGGGCCCUGCAGGGUGAGAACUCGACGAUGCAUACGAGGGAUGAAGCGAAGAUUGAGCAGUUGCAGGGGGAGGUUUCUGCACUCCAGGCCGAGAUGAGCGCACAUGAUGCCGCGGCGGAGAAGUUGAAGGAGAAGAGUGAGAAGGAUCUGGCAAAGAUCAACUCGAGUGCGGGGACACUCCGGAUGGAAGUCCAUGCUCUCCGGCAGCAGCUCAAGGACAAAACCAAGGAACUCAAACAACACGACAAGUCCCAUGCCCGAGACCAGGCCCAGAACUCUGCCCUUACCUCCGAGAUUCAUAAACUGGAACUCCUGAUCGAGACCAAGGACCAUCAUAUGCAAGAAUUGGACAAGGUGAUCGCCACCAUGUCCAAGCAGGCCGAGGUCGUUGACCGACUUGAAGGUGAAGUCCUGACGCUCCAGCGGGAUUCCCAGGAGGCUGCUGACAAGUCGGCCAAAAGCCUUUCUGCAAUGGCCUCGGCAGCCUCCAAGGCCUCCCAGCAGAUCGACGAUCUCAAAGCCCAACUAGCGAUCAAGGAGACGGAACUCAAGGCCGCCGAUGAGGUCGCUCAGACACUCGAAUCCAAAUUUCAAGAAAUCAAAUCCCUCCUCGCGAAGAUGACCGCUCUUGAAACCAGUUCCUCAUCCCACCUCACCCGCGCCCAGAAAGCCGAAGAGUCCGGCAAGUCUCUCAAAUCCGAGAUCAAGGCUCUCGAAGCCCGCCUACUCGGUCUCCAGAACGACCUAUCCACCAAAGAGAAUGCGCUGAAGGAUGCGGUGAGCAGGGCAGAGAAGGAUCACGAAGAAGGUGUGCAUCGCAUUGAGGACCUGAGAGGGGUAGUGGAGGUGUUGAGGAACCAAUUCGAGGAUGCUGAGAAGAAGGCGAAGGCGCAGAUCCGGGCCAAGGAGGGUGAUAUUGCUGCGUUGAAGAAGCAGCUCUCUUCCCUUGAGAAGCAUGAACUCGCCAAGGUCGACGAACUGCAGAGGGAAAUCGAAAAAGAAACCGCCCUCCUCCACCAAAAAGAAUCCCAAGUCCACGCCCUCCUAAAAACAAGCACAGAACAGACCCACGAAAUCGGCCGCCUCAACACCCUCGUCUCUGAGACCCGUUCAGAACUCCUCACCGACCGCCAACGACGCGCCUCGGAGAUUGAAGAAUCUGACAUUGCCAAGGUGGUCCUCGAGAGCCAGAUCUCUGAUAUGAAGGAGGUUAAUACUCUUUUGGAGGAGAAGGUCUUUGUUGAGCACCAGCAUGAGGUGGAGUUGGAGGGGAAGGUGAAGGAGUUGCUGGCUUGGAAGCAAAUUGCGACUGCACAGCUUAAGGACCGAGAAGCGACUAUGGCCAAGUUACGGGGCGAGAAGGAUCACCUGACAGAACAAGUUUCCGGAUUCGAGCGCCAGGUGCUUGACCUCCAACUGCAACUCCAACAAGUCACCACCGCCCACACCACCGCCACCCAACAAUGCGACAAGUUGACGCAUACGAUUUCCAAGCUCGAGAGGGAAGUGAACCUAAUGAAGGGGGUUGUUGUACAGCACGACAAGGAUGAAGCCAAUGCUCAGGCGCAUCUCGUGAACCUCCAGGGACACGCUCAGAGUCUGGAGAAUGCGAAGAUUAUGAUGGAGAGGGAUUUGGAAAGGAAGGAUGGGGUGAUUGAGGAGUUGGAGGAGAUGGUGAAGAGUAAGGCCGAGGGGGCCAAGAUGAUUGCGGCGGGGGCCAAGAAGGAUAUGGCGGAGGAGGAGAAGGUUAUCCAAGGGUUGCAUGCUCGUAUCAUGGACCUCGACCGGACAACAACGACAUUGCAAUCAACACUCGAAAAAUCCGAAGCCGCCCACGCCAAAACCCAACACGCCUUGGAAACCUCCCAAGCCAACCUCGCAGCCUGCACCUCCCAAAUCUCCACCCUCACCACCCAAGCCCACGAAUCCUCCCAACUCAUAACAACCCUCCGCCGACAGACUCUGUCUCUCCAGCAAGAAAUCUCAACUAUCGAGACAAAGAUCCAGAGCGAGAUGACGACGACAAAGGAGCUGACCGAGAUGCUGGCGCAGUUACGGAAGUCGAUGACAAGCGAUUCGGAGAUGGAGUUGAAAAAGUUGGAUCAGUUGGAGACGGAGCUCAAGAACCGAGCUGGAUCGGUCGAAGACACAGUCACGACCAUCAGGUCGAGGAUGGAUAGUGGUGCAUUUUUGGAGCAUGCUGAGAGUACAACUACUGCUACCGCUGCCAAUGCUUCCUCAUCAGCGGACGCUAUCACUGGUACUUCUGCCACUACCACUGCCCACUAA